GCUAAUUUAUUGUUUAUUGAUUUUUUAUUUUUUCUAAUCUGGCAAUCAUACGUUUGUCGGCAGCUUCAGCUGUCUAAUCCGUUGGAUUUCCCUAUCGCCGCUUUCUGGGAGUUUAUUUGUUACAGCAAAACAGAUCAUUCGAUUUCCCACUAAUUUCCAAUAGAUCCAAUAUCCUGAAAUGGCUCAAUUGGUCGUACAAUCUCGGUUUGCCGGUCUGAAGAUCGAGGAUGACGACUACCCACCCACCGAAAACCAGAAGUCGAAAAAGUCGAAAGUGAACAACUCUAAAAAGACUGAACCUCCAAAGAAGCAGAAAAAUGUUACAAAUAAACCCCAGCCUGGACCAAAAAAGAAGAAGUCUAAACCACAACAAGUAUCUGCCGAUCAAUGGGAACUGUGGAAACAGAAGGAUGAAGAGAUGGUUGUUGGCCAUUUUGAGGAUGAACUGCAGCAAGCUAUAUUACUAUCAAAGCUUGAUUUUGAAAAGGAGGAAGGAAGAGUAUACCUACAAACUAAGGAGAGUGCAGAAUUUGAGGAAACGAUUAGUGAGCUAAGCAAGCAAGAAGCUAAAAAACUAAAGAAAAAAAAUGUCAUGAGCCUGGACCAGUUUAAUGAUAUGAUGAAUGCUGGAGAGGAAUUGAAAUUACCACCCCAUGUUAAUGAGAAGUGUGUGCAGGAAGUUCCAAAGUCUCCCGGUAAGGACCCAGGGUUUUUCGACCGAGUAAAAGCCGAGACUAAGAAGGAACUCUUAAAGGAAAAGGUCGUUGACAAACCCAGGGUACCGCCUCCAAUAAGUAAUGAAGUUAUUACGAGAUUACAAUUUACUGAUGCAUUGGAGAGAAAGGACCAGGAGAUAGCAACACUGAAGGAAGAGGUUGAAAACCUCAAACAUGAACUUUUCACAGUCAAAUCCAGAAAUAAGAAGCUGUGUAAUAUACUUGGACAGGGAGAGAUGAAAGACAAAGCUGAAGUGUUAAUAGAGGUGGAGCGACUGCGGUCGGUGCAGGCCGAGCUGACCGCGGAGCUGGCCUCGCUACACACGGACCUGGAGAAGGAACGCUCCAAGAAUACUGACCCCAGAGCCCAUAAAGACAAGAAAAAUACCACAAAAAAGAAAAACAUACGGUUCGAUGUUUCGUCAGAAGCUUUACUAGCAAAAGAUUCGAGUUCCGGUACAGGUUAAUUAAAAAAUUUAUACGUAUUUUUAAUAAAAAUUAAAUGUUAUAAAAACCGAAAUAAACGGAAAAAGAUCUGUGAGAUUUUUAUUAUUUGUAUUAUAGUUUAAGAUUAGGUAUUUGGAUUGUGGUAGUAUCAUAUCCUUUUGACACAUAUGUAUGACUUUAUUUUAUUAUAAAAAAAAACAUAAUUAUUAUGUUAGUAUGUAUGUUUUUCGUACUCUAGGUGUAUAGGUUAAAAGUAAAUGAUACUCAAAUAUUGAUCACCGUUAUUUUAAGAUAUGUCAAUUUAUGUGAAUAAAAAUAUUUUUACGCGGUAGGUACUGUGAAGGCAGCUACAUUUUGUGUAUCUGUAUUAUUCUGCUUCUGUUCCAACCACCACAAAUACAUCAAUCGUAAUUAGUCAAAUUUCUUUAAUCGAUUAUCAACUCUAUGUAUUUAUAAUAAACUUAUUGUACGAAGAUAAAGAUUGUACGAAAUCUCUAAGUUGUUCAAUCGAUUUUAUACUAUUUAUUGAUUGCAUCUUGAAUCAUCCGACUACUGCGGAACAAAAAGAAGAGUUAUAAUUUUGAUCACCAUGAAGUUCUUCAAUAGAUUCUCGUCUAUUAAAUUAUUAUUAUACUUGGAAAUAGUUAUUAAACUAUUUUACUGUUCUAAUACUAUUACUUAAAACUAUCUAGGCAGUGGUUGCAAGAGCACUGCAGAACAAGGAGUCUUGAAUAUUUUCAGUUUUGGAAAUUCUAGAAUGGAAGAUUCACUUUAUAUUGCUUGAAAUUAGUUCCAAGUCCUGACAAGGUAUCCAUAAGUAUCACAACUCGUUAGGAGUGGGUAUUAUUAUCAAAACAUGCAUUUACGGUAAGAUGAUUUCAUUUACCUUAAGUUACCUAUUAAGAGAAAUUUGACAAAUUAUUGAUUGACCAGCUUCUGUACACUAUGUAAAAUUUAAUUCUGCAAUAUUGUAGAUUUGGUUACACAUGUUUGUAGUAUUUUAUUUGAUACUCGCAUUGGUGUACUUUGAACGUAAAAUAGAUGUUUGUCGUAGCUCAGACUAAUCUUUAGUACGUGUAAUUAGUUAGACUGCUCAUGUAUCGCUUAGCUGUUAAGUUUCUAGUACAUUCGAGUGAAAAUUUAUGGCAGUUACGAUGUGUGGCUCCGGCUCUUGAUGAUUAAUUUCAUACCGACUGUGUCUGUUUUGUCUUGUUUAUACUAGGCUAGUAUUUUAGUCGAGUAGCGAGUAAUUUAGUAGCUAUCUCUUGCUACUUUCCAAAAUAUUUCUCACUUUACAAGAAUACUCGCCUAAAUUAUUGGUGUUCAGAAAUAUUGCAACGUAGUGCGAACUAAGCUAGAAUAAACUGGUUUUGUUCACGGUUUGGUUCACAUCUAUCAUUGUGGAGACGCUAGCAUAUUGAGUUUAAAACUGUCUCAAUUGAUUAUAUGAUUUUCAACUUUAUUACAAAACAAUUCGAUUUAAAAUGUAUUAAAGAAUUGAACCUGGUAAUGAAUUUAGUAUAGCUUGAUAAGCGGCUAUACAUCUUGCUUCAAUAAAAAGUCAACAAAAAUCUGAUCACUAUUUUUCCUCUUGUAAGUAAUAGUUUGUUUUGUGUUUCACCUCGUUGCCAUAAAUUUUGACUCGGAUGAUAAUUAUCACAAAAUAAUUCCGUGUAAUUUUAAAUAAGCUACAUUAUUUUUGCUUGUAUUCCUAUAUUUUUAUUGAUUGAUAUGAUUUAGAUUUACUAUUAGCUGGUUCUCUAUGAACAAUUGCUUUUUAUAUGUAAGUACUUUGAAGUAUUUCUUGACUAGUCUUUCAAAUGUGAUUGGCUCCCUUUACUGAUACUCAAAUUUUAAAAUGUGAUUUUAUGUUUUAAUUUUCAAAAUUCAAUUAAUGGUGCAAAACCAGUAUUGAUUUCGCCUAUAUUUUAUAACUGUGAUUUAUAUUUUUAGCUGGGUUUAUUGAAUUAGAAGUUAUAAGUUUUGUAUUGACAAAAAUAAAAACAUAUUUAAAACAA